AUGUCAUGUACAACCCUUCAUCACUUUAAAUUUAGCUACCAAAUCAAUUGUAGUUACUAUAACCAUUCCUUACCAAUAUCUUUACCUGAAAUAUUUUUUAAGCUCUAUCUUGACCAAAAUCCUUUCCUAAAAGUGUUUCGAUGGAUAUUAAGUAAGGCUCUUGGACUUCAAAAUCUAGAUAUUGGAGUCCCAUUUAAUCAAGAGCCAUUGAAAUGUUCAUUAAAUCUUCCAAUUAUGAAAACUCCUACUUAUCAACUUUUGGUACCAAACUACCAGGUAUAUACCUCAAAACCUAUUGAACUUAAUGUUGGUCAUCCAAUCAACAAAAAUUUUCAAAAAGGUUCUAUUCCUUCAUUUCUCAAAUCAUUGGUGCUUGCUGGUAUCUACAAUCAACCAUUUGAACCAAAAGUACUACCCUAA